CUUCCUGUUACCAUCGUCUCUGUGGUCCACGCCCACUGCAGACAAACACGCGGUAGAUCAACAGCGACGAAAGUGGUUCCAUAGUCAUGUUCAUUUUCUAAUGUAAGCUCCUAACAUUAAUAACACCAUACUAUUCAAGUAACAGUGUGAUUAUUCGAUUGAAGGAUUAUUUUACGGUGCAAGCUCGUUUCAUGUAACCUAGCCUCUGCAGACGUGUUUUUACAUUUUUAUUCACCUCUGCCUCAGGGAUCGUAGAUCUAAUAAAAAUAAUAAUAGGUUUGAUUGCCUUUAUCUAGACUCCAGAUCUACAAAUGGUGAUCAUUUUGAUGUCAGUAUGAAUUUCAUGAUGGCACUGAAAGAGAAUAUUAGAUCGAUUAAUUUUGAUCUGGAUAUCGAUACGAGAAUGGCAGCACAGUGUUUGCUUGCUAUGUCUAAUAGACAAAGUGAUCACACAUAUGUAUUGACUUGCGAUCCUCCAAUGUUUUCCUCAACUGACAAUGCACUGUGCGAUGUAAAGCAAGAAAGCAUGGACUUACAUGAAGAAAACCAAGGUCGUCGACCAGAUUUUCUUCCAGUCAUGGAUAAUAUGAGCGCGAAUUUAGUAGCGAGGAUAUUAACUGACCUAAAGACGAUUAAGCAGGAUAAUAACUAUCACGAAGAUUUUAACCUAACAGUUUCUGAAUCCAGUUCAUUAUCGCCAUUCGAAGUUUCGUCUGGUACGAAAAUAGGUACGACCACGCCUACCCUUGAUCAAAGACUAAUGCACGAUGCUUUUGUCAAAGCAAACAGUAUUCACGGGAAGAAAAUUCAUACUUGUGCUUAUCCAGGCUGUGGGAAAUCUUAUAACAAGAGUUCUCAUUUGAAAUCGCACAUAAGAACUCACACAGGCGAACGGCCAUUUGAGUGUAACUGGGAUGGGUGUGAAAAACGUUUUGCUAGAUCUGACGAGCUCACUCGGCACAAACGUACACACACAGGAGAAAAAAAUUUCCAAUGUCCGAUGUGUGACAAGAGAUUUAUGCGCAGCGACCACCUAAAGAAGCAUGCCAAGCGCCAUGCUCUUUUUAACCCAAGUAUGAUUCAGACAGAAGUCCGACAUUCUACACCGACUCAUUUCCACGGCAACACUUCACAGCACUACAAGGUCAUCACAGAAGAGCAAGACUUUUAUAGCGACGGAAGGUCUCACGAGUCCAACUCUAGUCCCUUGGCUGCACUGUGAUGGUGAGAUCCAAGAACCAGAAUUCAAUAUUUUAUAAUGAUUUGGAAGUUCCCAUAAUGCCAGUCCUUCUUUUUGGCACACUGGGCUAAUUAAUAAUGUCUAGUAGUAUCUUAAAGAACAGGCUUCAGGCGUUAAGUUGGAGAGAGGAUUGGCAUACUUGUACAGUGAAAUUGUUUCUGAAAAGAUUCUGUGACAUCCUUGGACAAGAAAAAGAGUUUCUAAAUGGUUCGCUGUUCAUGCAGGUAUAGAGUACAAGAAAGUCUUUUAAUUUUGAAUUGGUAGCCUCUGAAGAUACAAAAAAAAGAAAACAUUUUUGUUGUUGUCAUGAAGCAGAAUUAUUGACUGACAUGAUUCUGUGUUUAUUUCCUCACUGAGGCUUGUGUUAAACCUCAUUUGAUUAUGAUUUCAUCUUAUAUUGUUAUUGCCAAUAUAUGAUUUUCUGUUUUUCUUUUGAAAACAUCCUACACGAGGGUAAUCAUUGUAAUCAUUUGUUCAGAAUUUCAUUUUACAUUUAAUGGUUAAAUACAAGCUUUACAAUUUUUUUUUGAAACUGAUCUACGAAAAGGUACAUUUCAAUAGACCUUUUUCUUUUUAAAUGUUAAGGUUAGUUUGACUGGACUACACAACAUUGAGAGGUGUCAGCUAUAUACUCAACAUUUGUACAGAUUUGAUUUCCCCCCUUUUUAGGUUGUUUAUAUAUUAUAUAUCACCAUGGCUUCAUGUUAUUUGUUUGUUUGUCAUUAAUGAGCACAUGGCAUGCAUUUAAAAAUGGUUUUUUAAUUUUGAAUAAAUCCAACAUAAAUUUUGACAUAAUUUUUUAUUUUGUGGAAUCCAUUUUGGAAAAGGGGGUGUUUGCUUUUUAUUUUUUCUUUCUUUUUAAACUAUGACCAAAACAUAUCAAAAACACUAUUUCAACAAGAAAUGUCUUGUUCAGUUUGAGGAUGAUAUAUGUUCAGGGCUAAAUGUAACAUAAAAAGCCACUGGUAAAAAGUUUUGAUAUCAGUUAUCAAGUCCGUCCCAAUGUACCCUGCUUUUUAUUUUUUUUGACUUUUUGAAACUAAAGCCCUGUAUGUUUUUCAUUAGAUUUCUAAAGAGUACAUUUUUUUUUUGUUUGACCUAAUCUCAAGGUCACUUCUGGCUCACUAGUACAGCACAAAGUAUUCAUUUUGUCCUUUUUAUUUUAAACAAACUUUUAAAUUUCUGAACACAUUUCUUUUUCGUUUAAAAUGUUUUCUCUAACAACUUGAUCUUUAUCGUAGGCAACAUUUGUAUUUAGUUCUAGCCUUGGAUUCAUGUAGUUGGUGCUGAAGAGAAGAAAUGAUGGACUUCCAUAACUGUAGCUUUAGGAAAUACCAUUACUUGUGCCUGUAGGCAUUCUUCAACUUUGGCUUUCAGUGGAUACUAGAUUAAAUGUUCAUAUAUUUAUAUGACACUGGCAAAAAUAAUUGAAAUUUAAAAAUAUAUAUAUAUUUCUGUAAUCCUUUACAAAAUUUUCUUUGACAUAGUUAAAAAAAAAAUUAUAUUUAGACAAUUUUUGGUUUUUUUAUUUUAAGAAUUGUCAAGUAUUUUGGUUAAGUAUCCUUGCCUGAACCAUGGCAGUUCUGCUAAAGUAUGUCAAGUUUCUGUGAUUGAAAGACCUUCAACUUGGUUGCUGAAAUGUCUUUCAGAUUUUGAUUGGUUAGUUGUGGGCAUUAAGUGAGAAAUAAUUUGUAUUGAGAGAUACUGUUUGUGUGAAUGACUUUUGUCUAUUGAACAUGAGUAGUAGAAAUGAUUCUCAUACAUCAUGAUACUAUUAUCCCACUGACUAUCAUUUUUUUAAACAAAUAUUUAGAUUUCUAUUUUAAAACAAUUUUUUGUCAAAGUGCCUGCUCAGAAUUCAUUAGAUCUAUCUCAUUGAUGAUCACAAGUUGCUAUGUUAACGCCCCCCCCAAGACUUCAUGGCUUUGGAUUGUUUCAUGUUCUGUUUUGUUGAGAUCUGACCUAUAUAUAUACACACACAUGUAAAAGCAAAAAAAAAAAUCUCAUUGUUUCUUUACCCUAUCUGUAUUCAAACAAAAUCAAUGUUUUGUUUUUAUUUGUUGAUUAAAAGUUGCAUCAAAUGGC